AUGAAAGAGUCAGUGGAAAGUCUUUACGGUCAACCUGAUCACGAACUGUUAGAAAAUGGUGCAAAUAUCAGUGUAGGAGAACGACAGUUGAUUUGUUUGGCUCGGGUGCUGUUGCAGCGAAACACGAUCAUCGUUUUGGAUGAAUCCACUGCAAAUGUAGAUCCAGAAACAGAAAAAACAAUCUUGGGCGUAGUGCGUGAAAAACUGAGAGACUCUACGGUCAUCACUAUAGCUCAUCGAUUGAACACCACUCUAGACUGUGACAAAGUUCUAUUUUUGAAACAUGGAGAGGUAGUAAAGUUCGACAAGUUGGACACAUCGAUGAACAUAGAAGGAAGU